UUCACCAAUCUUAUCGUUGAACAAACGUGAGAUGGACUGCGAUCGUAUUUAAGCAAUGCUUAUCGCAAUAUCUUGGAUUGCUUAUAAGUAAUCAAGCAAUUUCACUUCUCCGGACAAUUAUAUCGUGCGUGAAGGCAUUGUUACUCUCAGUUCAUGCUGGUUCAUCCAGAACAAGCUCGCGAACAUGUCGCCUUCAAGUGAUUUCAAGGGCAUUAAAAUCUUCGACGAUACGACAGACAAUAUGGACAUUAUCAAAUCUUUAAUCGAUAUAGAAGAGCGGGAAGCCGGUUUUUAUAUCAUGGAUAUUGGUGAUAUUAUUAACAAGCACCGCGAAUGGAUUACUAAAAUUCCGAGGGUUGUUCCACACUACGCGAUCAAAUGCAACCCUGAUCCGAAUAUAAUUAAGCUAUUGGUCGCUUUAAAUACCAGCUUUGACUGCGCGUCCGAACAAGAAAUUAGGCAGGUGAUGCAAUAUGGGGUGCAAACCGAUCGGAUCAUAUUCGCGAAUCCAUACAAAUGCCCGUCUCAUAUCAAAUACGCCAAGAAAAUGAACGUUAGCCAAAUGACUGCCGAUUGCGAGCUGGAGCUUUUGAAGAUCAAAGAGUUUUAUCCCGAAGCCAAGAUAAUAAUACGCAUACGAUGCGACUCGAAAAACUCAGUGUGCGAUCUCGGAUUGAAGUUCGGCUGCGAACCGGAUGAAGAAGCUGUGCGAUUAAUACGACUCACCCUCGAUCUUGGUCUUACUUUGCACGGCUUCAGUUUUCACGUCGGUAGUCCAUGCGGAGAGCUAUAUUCAUACAGCAGAGGUAUUGGGAUAUGCAGACGAUUGAUCAUCAUUGCCAAAUCGAUGGGAUGUAAGGAUGUGCAGCUGAUCGACAUCGGUGGCGACAUUCCUGGUGAGAAAGGAACAAAUAUCGACAAGUUUGCUAACAUUGUCAACGAUGCAAUCCAAGAUCUUGAUCCCAGCAUAAGAGUCAUCAGUGAACUUGGAAGGUACUAUGUUGACUCAGCCUUUACUCUAGCUACGUUUAUACAUUCUAAGAGACUCGUUCGUAAAGACAACAAAAUUAUGAGAAUGUAUUACGUAACCGUUGGAACGUACAGUACAUUUCUGGAAGAAAUGAUAGGUAUGAAGAGUAGAGCCCCGCAAGUUCUCUUCGAGAGUUAA